AAUUUCGAGUGGGUGUAACACUAGUUGGAAUUAUUGGCCUGAAGCAGAAAGAACUCUCAAAUAAAAAUUUAUCAGUACUGAAAUAAAAUGUGCAAAAUUUUUGUGCAUUUCGUGUGUGUACAAUUUCUGUUAUUAAAUUUUUAUGUCAUAAAUGUUCGUGGUCUGUGUCUGGCCACGGAACCACCAACUUGUUUAACGAAUUUGGAAGAGGAGGAUGCCAAAGAAAUUCUGGAUUAUGUGUUGAGCAAAUAUGAAGAAGUUGGCAUGAAAAUCACCGGCGAGCCAUUGGCGGUUCGUGGCAAGCGCAUAUCGUCCGGGGGCACUGAAGAGUUUCACAUUGUCUUCCACUACGUGGACAAUACUCCUGGUGAUGUGAUGCAAAAUUGUGUUUUCAUUGUUGUGCAUAAUCCAAAUGCAUGCGAGACUAUAAGUACAGUGUGUAAUACAUUUUUACCCGUAACUCCCCGACCACUCCUAAAGCUCGAAGAUUUAACCGUUUGCGAGGAUGGCGAAGAAACCGGAGAUGAGAAAACGGCAUAAAAACGACUCACACGGAGUAGCAAAAAAAAAAAAAUAAAAAUAAAAAAAAAAUAAAUACUCACCACUUUGAAUAUUAGAAAAUAAGUUUGUAGUUAUUAUUUAAGCAAUAUUGUGAAUAUAUUCAAAGCAGGUUAUUCAAAUA